ACGCAUCGUCAGAUACCUGGACUCAUCACUUCCGUUGGUUCCUUCCCCAGGCUUCUUUGUUUCUGUUUCAUGUCUGCGUUCUUGGUUUUAUUAAAUCACCCACUCACUCCCUGAACGUGCUUCCCGAUUCUCAGCGCACAUCGUUACGAGUAAAUCCGCCUGCUGUCCACUAAGUCAUGUCAGCCCCAGGUUACCCAUCCCCUCACCAGGGUCCUGGAAGUUACUCCACGGCCCCCUACCCUGUUCCUCAUGGUGGGUAUGGUGACCCUAACCAUGCACCCCCACUGAUUGGCUUCCAUAUGGGCUACAACCACAAACAACCCCACCCAGGCCAGCCUGUGAUGUACCAGCCUGUGCCCAUGCCUGAAUACGGGGUACCUCAAAUGGGCCCCAGCCCAGGCUAUGGUGGUCCCAUGCCUGGGCCUGAGUACGGUGCACCUAACUCGGGCCCUCCUGCAGCCAUCUCCCCAGCCCCUGCAGCAGUUGUGCCUGUUGGAGUUCCACCUGGUCUGGAGUACCUAACACAGAUUCACCAGAUCCUUAUACACCAAAAAGUGGAGUUGCUGGAAGUGUUCACUGGCUUUGAGACCAACAACCAGUACGAGAUCAAGAACAGCCUGGGUCAGAAGAUCUACAAGGCCAAGGAGGAGAACGACUGCUGCACACGCAACUGCUGCGGCGCCCUGCGUAGCUUCGACAUGAAGAUCAAGGACAACACGGACCGUGAGGUCAUCCGCUUCAUACGACCCUACCGCUGUGCCUCUUGCUGUUGCCCCUGCUGCCUGCAAGAGCUCGAGGUCCAAGCCCCGCCUGGCACCACCAUAGGUUAUGUGUCCCAGGACUGGCACCCCUGCGUGCCCAAGUUCUCCAUCAAGGGGGCCAACAAGGAGACCGUAAUGAAGCUGGAAGGACCCUGCUUUGCCUGCAACUGCUGUGGGGAUGUCAAUUUUGAGCUGACGGGGAAAGAUGGAGGCAAGUCCAUCGGCCGCAUCAGUAAGCAGUGGAGUGGCCUGAUAAAGGAGGUCUUCACCGACACGGACAACUUUGGCAUCCAGUUCCCCAUGGACCUGGACGUCAAGAUGAAGGCUGUGCUCAUGGGCACCUGUUUCCUCAUCGAUUUCAUGUUCUUCGAGAAGGACUGAGCACUUGAGUCAAACUCUCUUUCCGUUCCCAUUUGCAAUCCUCCCUUGUUUUUCAGAUUCUGUUUGAAACGCCUUUCUUAUUCGAAACUUUAGAGGAAGUUGCCAAUCCAAGAACUCUUUCUGUGUAACACAUGAGGCCUUAUCUGAUGAGCUUACAUAGCCUCUGGACUGUUUCUGUCUAUCCAUCCAAAUGUAAGAAUCAGCGACUGGGAUAUGACACAUAGGCCUUGUCUUUAAUGGGUUUCUCCACUCUCUGCAUGGAGUUUUUAUCUGUUUAUUGUAUUUGUUCUAACCAAGAAAUCAACUUUAUAUCUAUGUACAUUUGGGGUUCAGAACAGUAUGGAAACUUUACAUGUUCUUAAAUACUUUAUUUUAGUAUUUUAUUUUUAGUCACUGCCAUGGCAAGCAUUUUAUCAUACCAUACAGCUUCAGUUGAAGUAUUACAUUCUAGAUUCUUUCUUUUGUUAUUUUCUGUGUGUAAUGAUUAUUUAGCAUCAACAUGUCAUUUGUAAAGCAAAUAUACACAUUGACAGACUGCUCUUUCUAUGAGACUGACCAGGUGAAUCUACAGUAGUUGAAAAUUAUGAUUACUUACUGUUGUCACCUGUUAAAUCCACUUCAAUCAGUGUGGAUGAAGGGGAGGAGACAGGUUAAAGAAGAAUUUUUAAGCCUUGAGACAUUGUACGUGUGCCAUUGAGGGUAAAUGGGCGAGACAAAAGAUUUAAGUGCCUUCGAACGGGGUAUGGUAGCAGGUGCCAGGCAAACCAGUUUGUGUCAAGAACUGCAAUGCUGUUGGCUUCUUCACGCUCAACAGUUUCCCGUGUGUAUCAAGAAUGCUCCGCCACCCAUAGGCCAACUUGACACAACUGUGGGGAACAUUGGAGUCAGCAUCCCUGUGGAAUGCUUGUAGAGUCCAUGCUCUGACAAAUUGAGGCUGUUCUGAGGGCAAAAGGGGGUGCAACUUAAUAUUAGGAAGGUGUUCCUAAUGUUUUGUACACUCAGUGUAUAUUUUCCCAGGCCUCAAUUGUUCCUUGACAAGCACCAUUCAUUCACGUUGUCAAUCAUUUUAAUGUUACUACUUCUAAUAGUAACUGUAUCCACUGGGAGAGAGUGAGGUGACUGCCAUCUUUUUUUGCAGCAGUGAUCAUCAGAGAUUCAAGGAGCUAUCAUCAUUAAGUAACACAAUUGAUGCGAAGCAUUGAAUAUUUACAUUCAUACACUUCAAUUUCAAAAAAAAAAAAUUAAACUUUGUCCCAGAAGCAUUUAACUGCAGGGCACUUCCACAUCAUGAAGGAAUGUGCUUACCUGACUUAAGGGACACAGUGAAGAGUUGGGGCCAAUAUCAUGGUAAACUGUUUCUUUGGUGUUAAAUACGGUGUCAUUUUGUUCAUGGGGUGAGUAUGAUGACUCUUUGCACUGUUUAGGGAAAGUGUUAUAUUUGUAUUAGGCAAUAAGGGUCUGGAUUCAAUCAGUAGUGCUGAAGAUCAGCGUGAUUGAAAUUUAAAUGCAAGAUUUCUGCAUUUGCAGUAAACGCUGCAUAUGUCGGCUCAAUCGAAAAUUACUUUUUGAAUUUCAACGAUGCAUACCUUCGGCACUACAGAUUGAAUCCAGCCCUGGGUCAAACAGUUGUAAAUAAAGCAGUUUUGUACCUUU